ACACAUUCCAGCCCUAAUCAGUGUCAUACAUUGAACCGUGCCCCAAAAGUGCGUGCUUUCCGUUUCUCAUAUAUUCCGAUAUCCCCGAUUUUCCUUUCCAUCCAGGACGAUGAUCACCUCCUGACCAUACAUGCGUGUGUAGCUGACAUUACCUAAGAUACCAUGUUUUACGUUCAUUUGGCAUAGAUUAGAAGUUCCGGCGUUAGCUCAUUACAUCCGGGGCAAUAAGUAGAGAUUAACGAGAAGGAUCGAAGAAAACAUAUUGUCGGAGUGCAUUGUGAAGCAGACAUUAGGCAAUGGGAAUAUUGGCGAGGGCAGACGCAUGGUUCAGCGAAAGCAGGCCCCUUCUAUCCAGCGCUGGAGCAUUAGUGUAGCAUACUGGGCGUAAAAGCUAAUCAGAUACUACAACGAAUUGUUAAAUAGAUACUACAACGAAUUGUUAACACAACAGCCAAGCCAGGUUUCACGUGUUCACGUGUCUAGAGCAGGGAUGAGGAUAAGGAUAAAUCAAAUAUUGUCGAUGUCGUGACUGCCAAAUGGUCUUGCUCAACUGAUCAUUGCACACACUAAAUAGCUCCAUGACACUCGCCGACUAGCCGAGCAGCGAGUAUAAGGGCUGCAACAUUGCAAGCUGCACUUGUAUAUCCCAAAAAAAAAACUAUUUCCUACUCAACGCCGCAAAAAACAGCCGGACAAAGGUUGCGUGAAACGGGCGCGGCCCGGCGACCAUCGUUUGCGUUUGCCCUGCAUGAGGAAGGUGUUGACUAGCUUCCGAGGGGCCGCCCAGUUAUCGAACUGUUAGGCCAGGGCCGGUCAACGCGGACAGGCAUCAUCAAGUGACGGAGCGAGAGCAGAGGAGAUGCGAUGAGGUUGCUACACGGCGUAUACUUCAUCAUAUUUGCCGUCGUUUCCGUGUGCGGUGGUAAUCCCGACGCCAAGCGGCUGUACGACGAUCUGCUGAGCAACUACAACAAACUCGUGCGCCCAGUGGUGAACGUCACCGAUGCGCUGACGGUGAAAAUCAAGCUCAAGCUGUCCCAGUUGAUCGAUGUGAAUUUAAAAAAUCAAAUUAUGACGACGAACCUGUGGGUCGAGCAGACCUGGUACGACUACAAGCUGAAGUGGGAACCGAAGGAGUACGGUGGCGUGGAGAUGCUGCACGUACCGUCCGACCACAUCUGGCGCCCGGACAUCGUGCUCUACAACAAUGCGGACGGCAACUUCGAGGUGACGCUGGCAACCAAGGCGACGCUCAACUACACGGGGCGGGUUGAGUGGCGCCCGCCCGCCAUCUACAAGAGCUCGUGCGAGAUCGACGUCGAAUACUUUCCGUUCGACGAGCAGACAUGCGUGAUGAAGUUCGGCAGCUGGACGUACGAUGGGUUUCAGGUGGAUCUCCGGCAUAUCGACGAAGUGAACGAAACGAACGUGGUCGACGUGGGCGUCGACCUGUCGGAGUUCUACACCUCCGUCGAGUGGGAUAUCCUGGAGGUACCGGCGGUGAGGAAUGAAAAGUUCUACACGUGCUGCGACGAACCGUACCUAGACAUCACGUUCAACAUCACGAUGCGCCGGAAGACGCUUUUCUACACGGUCAACCUCAUCAUACCGUGUAUGGGCAUCAGCUUCCUCACGAUUCUGGUGUUCUACCUGCCGUCGGACAGUGGGGAGAAGGUAUCGUUGAGCAUAUCCAUCCUGCUAUCGCUGACUGUGUUCUUCCUGUUGCUGGCGGAAAUCAUUCCGCCCACCUCGCUGGUGGUACCACUGCUGGGCAAGUUCGUGCUCUUCACGAUGAUACUGGACACCUUCAGUAUAUGUGUGACGGUGAUAGUGCUAAACAUACACUUCCGCUCGCCGCAAACGCACACGAUGGCACCGUGGGUGCGUACCAUCUUCAUCAAUCAUCUGCCCAAGCUGCUGGUGAUGCGCCGUCCCAUCUAUCAACCGCUGCAUCACUUCAGUGCUGCGUCGCAGCGCUUCAUGUUGCGCUCGUGCAAUGGCGGGCUGGCCGAUAUGAUACCACCGCUUCCGCCGACGAUUGCGUUCGAUCCAUCCGUACUGCUCGAUCAUCAUUUGCUCGAUUCUAGCGAAAGUCUCAACACCUGCCGGCUGCAUGGCAGCCCGACCCAUCUGCACAAUCAUUCACACCGAAGCCACAACCAUCACCAUCACCCACACCACCACCGCCAGCACGGGCCGACCGGAAUGAUCCGGGGAAUGGACCUGAUGGACGAUAUGCCACUGCCAUACCAUGACCACAAUCACCACAACUCACCGAUGUCCCCGAUCAACCUGAACCUCCUGGGGGCGGCCAGCACGGCCGUGCCGAACCCGUCGGUGCAGACGACGGCGACGGCGACGACGACACAGCCCACCCCAGGAACGCUGCUGCUCGCCAGCAGCGGUACCGCCAAUCUGCUCGACCCCAACAGUACCUUCCACAAGAGCCUGGCGGCGGCCACGAGCAACGAAGCGGGUGGUGGUGGUGGUGGCGGCGUUAACAACGGACCGAGCGUCACCAUCAUCAACAGUGUUGGUACCGUUGGUGCGGCCGGGUUGGUCGGUGGUAAACAGCAGCAGCAGCAGCAUCUGGCCUGCUGCAACAGUCUGUUUCUGAACGACCUGCGACAGACGCAGGCGGGUGCGGAUAAGCUAGUGAACGAUACCGGCGUACCGGUGCCGCUGCACAACAACAACCUGCCGAGCGGGUUGAUCAUCAACACGAACACCGACACGGAGGUGAUGGCUGGGGGGAAGUCAGAGAAGGCGGCCCGCAAUCGGUGGCUCGAGUGCCCGGAGCUCACCAAAGCCAUGGACGGUGUGACGUACAUUGCCGACCAUACACGCAAGGAGGAGGAAAGUUCGAGGGUGAAGGAGGACUGGAAGUACGUGGCCAUGGUGCUGGAUCGGUUGUUUCUGUGGAUCUUCACGAUUGCGGUCGUAUUCGGGACGGCCGGCAUCAUCCUGCAGGCACCGACGCUCUACGAUACGCGCGUACCGAUCGACAUCAAGAUGUCGGAGAUCGCGACGACGACUGCAAAACCGUACAUCGCCAAACCGGUGCUCUAAUCAGGGUCUUUUGUACGUUCCCUGCCGCCGCCGCAUGCACACCACGGACGGGCGCAUUACCUAGAGUGCACCAGAUGAGAUAUUCUUAAUGAGCAGAAGAAAACAUAUGUGUGAGUGUGUGAGAGAGUGUGUGUAUGUGUGUGUGGGUAUGUGAUAGUGUGUUUGUGUGCGGAUAUGUGUGGAAACGGGGAUGUUUUCUGGCACCAUUUUUACGCCCUUCUAUAAAUAAGCAUUUCAGAAGUUUCCCGUUCCGCUCGGAACAGGUCAAACACAUUCUGCUGGUGCUCACAUUCUACCACGCGAGCAACCCAGAAGAUCUAAGGUCCGUGAUGCGACCUGUUAUCGCUCGUUAUCGGUAAACGUCUUUAAACUGUCAACUUUGCAACCAUACUCCCCUCGAAAUUUCGAAUCCCCGAAUCGAGUCCGGCUCCUCGUCAUCGUUCCAGCGUCGGCGGAGAGCGGGAGUCCCUUAGUAGUAACCAACCAGCAACGGUAGUUCUUUUUUUCUGCGAUGCCUGGCAUGCCCGUUCUGGACUCAACACCACUAGCAAGAAACACGCUGACAAGUUAAAGCCUGGUACCCAGGAUAAAAACACACACACAUAAACACAUACAUACGCAGGUACAUACACACACAUAUACACACACAGACCCAUACAUGCAUACAAUAUUCGCGGGCACAAAAGUGAGUCAGGGGGAAAGGGGUAAAAAACCGUUAAAAUUGCUCAACACCAUUCUAACUAAUAAGAAAAUGUUCAAAACUAACAAAACACUGCGCUGACGAAUAAUUAUCACUGGACCGAUAAAUGUAUGAUUAACCCCCCCCCCCCCACAACACACACACACACACAAGUGAUUCUGCCUAGUAAAGC